UAAAUGUAUUUGGCCGUGGCGUGUGCGGGAACCAGUUACACGGCCAAAAGUGCUGAUGCCUUAGGCAUUGCAGAACCCCACAUUUGGACGGCUGGACCCCCGGACCUCGUUUCUUCUUAUGAGCCCAAGGGCACACAAGCGGGAGGCGACAGCGUCAACAUGUCGGAUUUUUGCGUGGUGUCGAAAAGGUAGUCCAUAGAUGUCUGACAAGACGAGCCAAGACCUCGAAGCAGCCAUCUCUGCGCGCAAUAAGCCGAAAGAAGACGUGAUCGACCUGCUCGACAGAUUGCGUAGCGAGACUGCCAACGAGGAUUUGCCAAUACGAUGGCGCUCCCUCUCUCAGCAGACACGCUCAUAUCUUGACAAGCACAUCCGUUUCGGCAAUGAUAGUGAGGACUUCCGGAAGCGAAUUCGCGGUCUUCGAUCAAGCGCAUGGGGGUUGUCAGCAGGAGAAGUCUACAUGCUUUUCGCAUCAGUGUCGGCGCGCUUUCUCAAGGACCUUGUCAAAUGCGCCAAAAUUCAACCGGACUUCUCCCUCGCAUGGUCUGCUCUGCUUGCUGCGCGCUACUCCCGACAGGCUGGAGAGACGGCUGGCGCAGGAGUGUCUCGAUUUCGUGACUGGGUGCCUUCCGACGUCAACGGGCUUGCGGAACGCGGCGGCCAGAGCGCUCAUGCUCAUCUGCUCGACCAGACGGCUAAUUCUUUACCCUCGCCAUCAAGAUCGACGAGCGUGGAGGUCGACAAUGAGGGUGACAUCAUCGUACUUGCUCCCACCCUCCCGGAGUGCGGUGCGGACGUUGUGUCAAAAUCGAACUCGCUUCCAGCGUCUCGCAGGUUGAAGCGAGCGACGUCAAUGCCACUACCACAAGCACUGCCGAAGAAGUUUUGUAAGACGAAAGUGGGAGACGCUCAACCGCAAACUCCAUCAUCACAAAUAUCUGCACUACGCGAAGGGGCUGAGUCCUUGAGUAUUGGGCAAGGUUCAGACGUCUCCUCGCUUGAUGAGGCUAAGCUUUACAACACUCCGAUAUCUGGCCACGCGAACCGGAUGAGUGCACUUGCUAGUCUGCAGCCCAAACAGUGUGUGUCAGCUACAGCCAUCGAAAUGCUCUUCCGAAUCUUCACUGCAUCAAAUGGCGGUUCUUCUUUGGCAUUGGACCCUGCCUUCGGUUCCAUGCAUGAGUCUCGCACGCCUGUGAGGCUUCACGCCGCAUGUGAACACGUGCUCGUACCAGUACACCAUCCUGCCUCAAAUUGGACCUUGGGUGUCAUCGCGAUGAGUACGCGACAAGUAACGAUCUAUGACCCAUUGGGAACCACCUAUUACGCCGAUGCUACUUGGCGGGCGAUAGCAUCGGUUCAGCUAUGCCAUGCCGAAGAGGGCUCUAUUAUCAGUGGGUUCACGCGCGACAAUAUUGCACCGCAGCGCGCUCCUCCUUGGCAAUCGACCGCGUAUGACUGUGGGAUCUACAUACUUCUUUACGGAGUGUGCACGCUUCUCAAUCGUUUCUCAUGUCUCCCAGGAACCAUCGACCCAGAUGUUUGGCGGUUCACGUUCGCUCUGUCGCUAGCUGGUGAAGGGUUCGACAGUUCGUCUUUGUCAAUUAUGCUCGAAGACCCACAUCGGCACCUGGCCACCGAUCUAUCGGUGGUGAAUCUACCAUCCGGAAGCAUUGAAGACGUACUCUCGCAUUUGAGGCGUACAACCAGGACUUAUAUAGAAGCGUACCGAUCAACAAAGAGCAUGGCAGAGAACUGCGCGCUCGCCUGUGACGUCCUAGAAGCGACUAUCACCAGGUCAGAGUCGCUCUAUGCCCUUGAACUCGACAGAAUGUCCAAGGAUCUAGUUUACCUGCGAAACACAGUCGCUCUACUACGACAAGCGCCGGACUCCGUCAACGAAGCAUCCGAAAUUGCCCGAAGGGAGCGCUUGAUCCGUACGCGUGAGUCGAUACUGGAGGAGAAACAAAAGUGCUGCCGCCAUCACAAUGUAGCCCUACAAAGCGCUUGCGGCCAUGUUGCACAAGCCCGGGACCAACUUCGCUCACGCGCUCAAGAUAUUUCGGACUUCCUCGCCAACAUUUCCGCCGCGGCGAAAGACCUGGCGACAGCUGCAACAUGUACUUAGGCUGCAGUAGUCAACGUUGCAUACGCGGGUGUGCGGAAGGAGGUGGGAUAAAACUUGAGCGUACCACUUUGUCAAUAAGAGUGGAACCUUGCC